UCCAAAGAAUGUGCAACCUUAAAUUUUCCAUUUUAUUUGCCAAACUUUUUUCGUACUUUUCUGUAGUUUUCCGAAGGGUUUUCCUCAAGUUGAUGAAGUUGAUUUCUUAAGCAAGCAAUAAAAUUCGUAAUUUCGUACCAAAGUAGGUAGCCUCAAGAUAGUUAGUUUUUGUUCAAUCAAAUUUUUCAUAUCAUCAUGUAGCAUUUUUUAAAGAAAAACUAUAUGUACAUGUUUGAUCGUUCGGUAAGUUAAUAGAGCCUCCUGACCUAAUCCGGAGAAGAUAUUUCGUGUCAAUUUAACGAUAACAUGCUGAAUAAUACGUCGUUGAACGGCAUACUACAGUAUGGCGACAUCACUCCAAUGAAGUCCGACAUGCCCGAGGAUGACGCCAGAUCUGAGGCUACGUUCGACUUCGUCGUCAAGAAUUUAAGCCGCAUUAAAGAUGCUGUGUUAUCUGAACCUUGCAUGAUCCUUAAUUUACCGUGGAAAAUAAUGGCCAUGCAGAGACCUGAUAAUACCGCCAAUCGAUCGUCAUCCAGAAGUCUCGGUUUCUUUUUACAAUGCAACGGAGAAGAAGAAUCGGAAAGCUCAUCUUGGAGCUGUUUAGCCAACGCUCAACUCAGCAUAUUAUCGCAGAAAGAAGGCGUCGAAGAUUUCUCCAGAAAAAUUCAGCAUUUAUUUUACUCGGAGGAGAACGAUUGGGGAUUUAGUCAUUUUAUGUCGUGGAAUGAUGUUAUGAAUCCGAAACAUGGUUACAUCAAAGAUGAUACUAUUAUUUUACGUGCUGUCGUAACCACCGAUGCUCCUCAAGGUGUCAGCAGGGAUUCUAAAAAGAAUACCAGAUAUGUGGGUUUGAAGAAUCAAGUUGAGGCUACAUUCGACUUCAUCGUCGAGAAUCUCAGCCAUAUUAAAGACGCUGUGUUAUCUGAACCUUGCAUGAUCUGCAAUUUACCGUGGAAAAUAAUGGCCAUGCAAAGACCUGAUAAUACCGCCGAUCGAUCGCCAUCCAAAAGUCUUGGUUUCUUUUUACAGUGCAACGGAGAAGAAGAAUCGGAAAGCUCAUCUUGGAGCUGUUUAGCCAACGCUCAACUCAGCAUAUUAUCGCAGAAAGAAGGUGUCGAAGAUUUCUCCAGAAAAAUUCGGCAUUUAUUUUACUCGGAGGAGAACGAUUGGGGAUUUAGUCAUUUUAUGUCGUGGAAUGAUGUUAUGAAUCCGAAACAUGGUUACAUCAAAGAUGAUAUUAUUAUUUUACGCGCUGUCGUAACCACCGAUGCUCCUCAAGGUGUCAGCAGGGAUUCUAAAAAGAAUACCAGAUAUGUGGGUUUGAAGAAUCAAGUUGAGGCUACAUUCGACUUCAUCGUCGAGAAUCUCAGCCAUAUUAAAGACGCUGUGUUAUCUGAACCUUGCAUGAUCUGCAAUUUACCGUGGAAAAUAAUGGCCAUGCAAAGACCUGAUAAUACCGCCGAUCGAUCGCCAUCCAAAAGUCUUGGUUUCUUUUUACAGUGCAACGGAGAAGAAGAAUCGGAAAGCUCAUCUUGGAGCUGUUUAGCCAACGCUCAACUCAGCAUAUUAUCGCAGAAAGAAGGUGUCGAAGAUUUCUCCAGAAAAAUUCGGCAUUUAUUUUACUCGGAGGAGAACGAUUGGGGAUUUAGUCAUUUUAUGUCGUGGAAUGAUGUUAUGAAUCCGAAACAUGGUUACAUCAAAGAUGAUAUUAUUAUUUUACGCGCUGUCAUAACCGCCGAUGCUCCUCAGGGUGUCAGCGGGGAUUCUAAAAAGCAUACCAGAUAUGUGGGUUUGAAGAAUCAAGUUGAGGCUACGUUCGACUUCGUCGUCGAGAAUCUCAGCCAUAUUAAAGACACUGUGUUUUCUGAACCUUGCAUGAUCCUUAAUUUACCGUGGAAAAUAAUGGCCAUGCAGAGACCUGAUAAUACCACCGAUCGAUCGCCAUCCAAAAGUCUUGGUUUCUUUUUACAGUGCAACGGAGAAGAAGAAUCGGAAAGCUCAUCUUGGAGCUGUUUUGCCAACGCUCAACUCAGCAUAUUGUCGCAGAAAGAAGGCGUCGAAGAUUUCUCCAGAAAAAUUCAGCAUUUAUUUUACUCGGAGGAGAACGAUUGGGGAUUUAGUCAUUUUAUGUCGUGGAAUGAUGUUAUGAAUCCGAAACAUGGUUACAUCAAAGACGAUACUAUUAUUUUACGCGCUGUCGUAACCACCGAUGCUCCUCAAGGUGUCAGCAGGGAUUCUAAAAAGAAUACCAGAUAUGUGGGUUUGAAGAAUCAAGUUGAGGCUACAUUCGACUUCGUCGUCGAGAAUCUCAGCCAUAUUAAAGACGCUGUGUUAUCUGAACCUUGCAUGAUCUGCAAUUUACCGUGGAAAAUAAUGGCCAUGCAAAGACCUGAUAAUACCGGCGAUCGAUCGCCAUCCAAAAGUCUUGGUUUCUUUUUACAGUGCAAUGGAGAAAGAGAAGGAGAUUUGGAAAGCUCAUCUUGGAGCUGUUUCGCCAAUGCGCAACUCAUCAUAUUGUCGCAGAAAGAAGGCGUCGAAGAUUUCUCCAGAAAAAUUCAGCAUUUAUUUUACUCGGAGGAGAACGAUUGGGGAUUUAGUCAUUUUAUGUCGUGGAAUGAUGUUAUGAAUCCGAAACAUGGUUACAUCAAAGACGAUACUAUUAUUUUACGCGCUAUCGUAACCGUCGAUGCUCCUCACAGUGUCAGCUGGGAUAAAAAGCAUACCAGAUAAAUGAAAUGAGGGUUUGAAGAAUCAAGGCGCCACUUGAUUCAUUAAAGCGAAUCAUUCCAAAUGCAAGGACUUUAAGGAAACGGAAGUUUGGAGUAUUUUGACUACGUCUCGUCCUCAUUUAAUGAACGAUUUGAUGAAGAUUUUUUUCAAUGACGAUGCUUAAAUCAUUGGACGGGAUGGAAUGAAAAUUAAGAUGUAUUCUUGAACUUAUCUCAUAUAUACCUACUCUUUAGGUGGUUAUUGUGUUUUUUUCCUUCUAUUUAAAGUGUAAUUUGGUAAAUUUUUAUAUGUUUUUACUUUUUUUUCUUCUAAGUUUAUCUAUUUUUUUUAAUGGCGAAACAUGAAAUAAAGUUUCCUUGUUCAUGUA